AUGUCUGUUUCUCUUGAAGUUCAGUAAGAGUACAUUUGCUUAACAAAAAAGAACAGACCUUACAUGUCAGUCCUAUCUUCGGACUAGUCUGUAGUAAGUACGAAGUGAGGUUAAAUCAGGGUGGAGGUGUAAACCAUGUCAAUUUACCUGUGACAAGUGCCACAAAGAGACUCGACGGGCGAAACGUAACAUGACAAAGGCACGUAAAUCGUGUUGUCAAUAAUAAUAAAGCGUUCUCGUGCGAUCGACGAUCCUUCACGAUGACUGAUAACUUAGCAAAAGUUUUCGCAGCCGAGGACUUUAACCCGGAAAAAUUUGUAAAGGAACUCAGCGCGCAGUGCGUCGGUGCAGACGAGUUGAGGCAACAACGCGCCAAAAUUCAGGAACUAGCAAACAGCACUUCUGCUCAAUUAAAGCGAAAUGUCUAUCAGAACUACAUGCAGUUUAUCGAGACUGCCAAGGAGAUCUCGCAUUUGGAGAGCGAGAUGUAUCAACUGUCUCAGCUGUUGAGUGAACAACGUGCCUUGCUGAGUACUCUGGGCUCUACCAGAACAGCUGGUGUUGUCUUUGAGGAUCUGUCUGAGUCACAGCAAGAGAACUCUAAUGACACUGUGUCUAAAGAAGAGGAACAGAAGCAGAAACUGAUCCAAUUGAUUGAAAAUGUGGAAGGCGCUUUGAGCUUAGCAGAAACGCCAGGACGUGUGUGUCUGCACGAAGGUUCCCUACUCGAAUUAGACCCAAUCGAGGGAACACCGCUUAAGAGGAUCCAUGCGUAUUUAUUCAACGACGUUCUGAUGGUCGCGUCUUGGUUAGCAAACGGUGGCAGACGCGGUCCACCUAGAUACAAAAUGCAGGCCGUUUAUAAUCUUGAGAGUCUUGCGAUCGUCAACGUGAGGGAUCAUGGCACCGUGAAGCUAGCAUUCAAGCUUCUGGCGUUCUCCGACACGAGAGUGUUUCAAUGCGCCACAGCGACGAGUAAAAAGGAGUGGUUGGAUAAGUGCGAGCAGGCGAAGAGAGCAAAACUAGCUGGGGAAAAUUCGACUGACGCUCCAGAUGAAAGUAAGCACGUGAAGGAAGAGAAAAUAGCGCCGUCUCGUUCGAUGUCCCUGGAUUCGAAUACAUUAGGCAUGGAGGACGACGACGACUCGGAAUAUCACGAGCCGCCGCCGGAAUGGGUGCUGGAAGUAGCCGAGGAUCUGGACUCUUGUAUAGCGCAGCGUCACUUCGAGGAAGCUUAUAGCUUGUUGGAGAAGGCGAAAACAUAUCUGAAGGACGCUCAGUCGACGCUAUUGCUGACGGAAAUUCAAACGAAAGUGAACGAGAGGGGUUCUUCGCUGGUCAACGUGUUGACCAAGGAAUUGGAAUCAAGUGCGGAAGCCAAGUCGUUACAAGGCGGCGGUUUAAGAAGCGCACGGCGCGCAGUCAAGCUGCUGAUACAGCUGAACAGGAGCGCACAAGCGUGUCACUUGUACCUACGAUUGUGCAGCGCGGUGCUAAAGGCGCGCCUAAAGAGAAUUAAGAGGGAAGGCACGACCGUCGCUUAUGUGAAACAGAUCAGCGCAAUCGCCUUUAGCAACAUAGUGGAAAUAGCGAGAGAAUUCUUGAAAACUUUUCCCCAAUCUACGAAUUGCACUUCAGGUUUAGUCGUAUGGUGUAGUCAAGAAGUGAAACACUUGACGUCGCACUUAGCCAAGCAACUUUUUAUGCCACAAGUUACACUCAGUACAUUAGUAGAGUGUAUUGUCACCGUUCGGACUCAUUGCGAUCAGUUAACCCAACUCGGCAUGGACUUUCGUUAUCAAUUGGAUGGCCAACUCAGGUCCCCAUUAGCCAAAGCCAUUCAAGAUGCAGGUGAAAACUGCGUCGGCACAGUGAAACUCCACGUGGCGGAAGACACAUGGCGACCGACGAAUCUGGAAACUAGUCAAAAUCUUCAAAAGCUUUUAUCGGAACUCGAUGAUCUCGGUAUCGGUAUACCAUCGUCAUACUCGACGAACGACUGUUGGAUACCACUGACUCACAAUACAUUAAGCUUCUCCAAGAUCUACAUCAGCCUGUUAGAAGACUGCCUUAGCGUAGCCACGCCUGAGCUUAUGUCCGCGAUAGAUAACGUGCUUGUAUCUGUGAUGCGAGUCGAGGUUCAACAUUUGAUUGUCUCGCUUACAGAUCCAAAAUUAAAGCAAGAGCGAAAAUUAGUACAAAAUAAUGCAGUCUACGUGCGAGACGUUAUCAUCGUCCGGGGCCUGGAACUGUACAAAUCCACGACAAAUCAGAAAUUUACGAAGCUGCUCGCCUUGAAAGAGCAGAUCGUAUUCGAGUCUCCGUCGCCAACGAAACCAAGGCCCGCUCCGAGAACCUCAGUUCCUAAAUAUUCCACCACGGAGUAUCUUUAACUGGAAUAAAGACGUCAAGCUGCUAUACAUUUAACGAUAGAACUGUCGCAGAGACAAACGUUUAUGUAUGUGUGAGAAUGUAUUAUAUUGUACAUAUAUGACAGAGUCGCUUUGGUGUAGCAAAUACACAAUAUCAUAUUGAGAUGGAACAGAAAGCAAUCCGUCUCACGUCUAAUGCAGGUAUACAUUAGUCGUAACACCAUUGUAGAACUUUUCUAGGACGUAUCUUUGUAGAAUACUUGAACGAACAAAUACGGCGUUGCUCUAACAGUGCGAGUAAUACAGUCUGUAAUAACGUUGUAAUAUACCUAAUAGAUAUUUACAAUGAAUUGCACAUAGGUAAUUCAUGUGUACGCCUAUGAGAUUAUUUAUACAAUAGCACUAUUUUGUACUGUUGUCGCUGGAA